AUGACGGCCGUCCCCAAACGGCGCCUCACAGCGCUGUCCAAGCAACUUGUGGAAGGAAUACCUUCUGAGGGCACAUUUGAGGAGAUUCCUCGUAUCAGACACGUCGCAGAAAGCUCAGCAGGACCAAGAGUCAAGGGGAAGGUUGUUAUAGUUACUGGAUGCAACUCUCCCAUCGGCAUUGGUCGAGCGUCUGCGCACCAAUACGCUCAGAAUGGCGCCAAAGCGGUCUACAUUUGCGAUUAUGAUGACAAGUAUUUGGAAAUGCAUAAGCGGGAAAUGGCCUCCUUGUAUCCCGAAUGCGAGGUCCAUUGCGUGAAAAUGGACGUCGGGGAGGAAUCUCAAGUGAAAGCCGUGGUGGAUCAAUGCAUGGCCAGAUACGGCAGACUCGACAUCAUGUUUGCAAAUGCUGGCAUAGUGGGCGUGCCCAAUACGUUCGAACACAUCUCGAGCACAGCAUUCAUGAACACACUGAGGGUUAAUACGGUGGGUGUGUUUCUGUGUUUCAAAUAUGCAGCCAUCGCGAUGCAGAAGACUGGUCCCGAGAAGGAAUAUCCGGGGGGUAGCAUCAUUGGCACGGCAUCGGUGGCUGGAAUUAGGUCGAAUGCUGGGGGUACGGAUUAUUCAGCCAGCAAAGCUGCAGUGGUGUCGAUGGCACAGACCAUGUCCUAUCAAUUAAGUGGGACAGGAGUGAGGGUCAAUGCUAUCUGCCCAGGCGUGAUUGAGACUGGGAUGACCAAACCCAUGUAUGAUGCGGCACGAAACCGAGGCACAGAGAAGAAGAUUGGCCAGCUGAAUCCACUGCAGAGAGGUGCGGUGGCCGACGAAGUUGCCAGGGUCGCCUUGUUCUUAGGGAGUGACGAGGCUAGCUACGUCAAUGGUCAGGCCUGGGCCGUAUGUGGUGGGUUGAGUGCCGGACAUCCCUUCGUCCCAGGCAAGUUAGGUUGA